AUCCGCAGUAACUGUUUACAACUCACACGGUGCAAACGCACAAUGUUCUUCGAAAGCUUCUUGCUUAACUUCAGCGUGCUCGGCGUUCUUAUUGUGGCGCUUACAUUCGACUAUGUCACCAAAUACUUCAGUUACUGGUAUGUGCGACACAUAUCCUACAAAACAGCAGUGCCCUUCUUCGGGAGUGACUAUCAUCGAGUGCUUGGAUUAAGAAAUACCACCGACGAAGUAAACAAACUCUACGCUAAACAUCCCAAUGAAAGACUCUAUGGGUGCAUCAAAAGCAGAAUCCCAGAUUUGAUCGUCAAAGAUCCGGAUGUAAUUGAGAAGAUGUUGUGUACGGAUUUUGCAAGUUUCCACUGCAGGGGCCUUGGCCUGGACAAAUCUCAGGAUGUUUGUUUACGAAACAAUUUGUUUUACGCGGAGGGUGAAAAAUGGACCGUAAUGCGCGAAGGAAUGGAAUCAUUGUUGAAAAGCAUGCCUUAUGAAAUCGAAGACAGUUUACACGGCUAUUUGUCAGGAAUCAAUGGAGAUACUAACGUACAACAGUUCCUAGCUGACAUAUUGGAUGGAACGUUUGAAUAUUUGCUCUUAAACAAAGAUUUUUCUAGAAACGAGAAGAAAAUCAUACAGAGUUAUAGAUCCGUUGUUCAAAAACCUACCCUAGCUGCAAAAUUUAAGACAUAUUUAAAGAACGUUUUUCCGUCUUUGUAUUUAUUGUUUGGCCUGAGUACUUUACCCAGAGAAACGGUAAACAAAUCUCUCGAGGUACUUGAAAAAUCAAAUUUAAUGAAGGAAGUCAAGAGGAUACGAUCCGAAUUUCAAUUGGACAUUAAAGAAAAACACAACAAGCGCAAAAGAGACUCCGACAUUGAGUUAGCAGUUUCAAUUCUGUCCUCAUUUAUUACAGAGGGUUAUAUUCCGUGUCUAAAUGUGCUUACUGCUUUGUUUUAUGAAUUAGCUAAAUAUCCUGAAGUUCAAAAAAAGAUUCGUCUUUGUGGAACGGGUGAAGAUUGCGAAGUAUAUUUAGAUAAAGUCAUAAGUGAAACGUUAAGACUGCAUCCAGCGUACUCUAUCGCGUCAAGAAAAUGUACAAAAAUGUACAAAUUCCCAGAUGGUCUUGUAAUUGACAGAGAUUUGACAGCUACUAUUCCUAUUGAGGCAUUGCAUCAAGAUAAAAGAUUUUACGAGAAACCUGAAGUCUUUAACCCGGAUCGCUUUGAUGAAGGAGGGUUGAAGCAUACUUAUGCAUAUGUACCGUUUGGAGCUGGCCCUAGGAAAUGUGUUGGUGAGGAAUUAUCAAAACGCAUUAUCAGCAGUAUUUCUCGCCGCAUCCUAUUGAAGUAUCAAGUCCGACCGUGUUCGAAAACUCCGCCGCGGCUUCCAAAAACUGAUCUCGGCUCUGCUAGGGUUAUCGACCGAGAUAUAUGGCUUAACUUUACUCCUAUUGAUUAGAUUCUAGCGUAGUUUAUUUAAUUUAGUACAUUUAUACGAAACAGAAUAUCAAUACAAUAUGUCGUCAUUUUCUACAAUCUACAAGCUUUGUUAGUUACGAACUCUCGAUCACGGAGGGAGCCGGAAGAAAAAACGGGCACAGUACAGUGGCCAACACGCAUAUUCUGCUUAAAUCUUAACUUAACCAAAGUAACAAGCUAUAGGUACCUACUUUUUACUGCGCCACUGUUCCUUACUUGACGUUCGAGUAAAGUUAUACCGGGUGAGGAUUAGAACAGGGCCCCAUUUAUUGUAAUGUACGCUGUACAUACUCCUCUAACUAACUAACAUUAGUUUUGUUAUUUUUAUUAAAUAACUUGUGAUUUGAUUUUUAACAAAAUCAUUCGUCAUAGAUCAACGCUAAUCAUUACUGUGCAUUAAAGAUAAUAUAACAUUAGAUUUGCAUGAAAAAUAGGGAAUCUUAAAAAGGUGUCAUCUCUACUUACUUAACAAUACUGAUAAAAUUAUUAUUUCCUAUAUUAUACCCAUUGACGGCAACUGCAUAUACAGUUUACCUAUUUUAUGUUUAAUUUUGUACUUACCUGGUAUUUAUUUGGGUUUGGCUACAUUACAUAUUUUUCAUUAGUUUAAAUAUGAAUAGAGUACAACGAGGAGGCAUUUAAAUUAAUUAUUCCUAUUGUAAAUGUAAACUUUUAAAUAAACUUAAACAUUGAAAUCAUACAUUUUGGUUAAAUUCAUAAACUACAAUAUUUUGAUACCUACUUAUAGUGGUUUCAGAUUACCGUUUUAUAUGCAAGCGCGUACCUAGUACCUAUAGGUACUACUACUAUAAAAUAAAGGAAAAAGUAACGAACUUUCAAGCCCAUUGGCGUAAUAUUACUCGCUAGUCUGAAAACCUCUGAAAGCUCUUAAUGUUAAUUAUAUGAAAUUGUGAUAACUUAUAUUCUGUAGGUUACCAUCUUGUUUUGUUACUAACCAUUGUUUUGUUACUAACCUACCACCAUUGUUGAAAACGAUUCAAGGAGAUGUAAUGUAUCGCAUUUAUACUUAUCACUUAUUGAGGACCGCUCUCUUUUCGGUUUCAAGGAAACUGUGAGUAGGUAUUUAUUAUUUAUGCCAAUAAACAUUUUAAUAGAAUGA